ACGCGUCCGUGCGCUUUGCGUGUCGAGUCGGCUGCAGCAGAAGAAGAAGACACGAUGCUACGCGCAGACCGAGUCCCGGUCCCGGUCCUGAUGAUGAUGAUGAUGAUGACGGCGACCUUCGUGCAGCCAGGCGACGCUCUCCGCUGCUACAAGUGCUCCGACUACACCGGCCGAUGCGACGACGUCCGCGAGUGCACGUACGAGGACGCCUGCCUGACCCUCAGCGUCCAAGGCGGCAAGACGGUGCGCCAGUGUAUCCGCUACACGGACUGCGACAACUCUCGCCUGUCUCAGAUGUUUCCAUCCAUGUCGUCGUUUUCCUACCGCUGCUGCAACAACAACUUGUGCAACUCCAGCGGGGCGGCGGGCGUGGCCACGUCCGGCCCGCUGCUGCUGAUUGGCUGGCUGCUGAGCGCGCUCGUCCCCUGGCUGUGAGGUCACGUGACCUACGGGUGGGACGUCAAUAAAGACAAAAAAAGCAAAACGUUUGUCCU